CCGCCAUCUUUUUUGUUAUGGUGGAUGGAGAUGUGCGUCUUCGCGGUCCUGUCAAGAUUAUAAUUUGARUUUAGAAUUCAACGUCUUUAAUCGCUGCUUUUUGGGUUUUUUUUCUUAAUAUAUAAUUUAUUUGGAAAAGAAGUUUCGAACUUGAAGGAAGCAAGAUGGCGCAGUACAAAGGAGCUGCCAGUGAGGCGGGCAGAGCGAUGCAGCUGAUGAAGAAGCGAGAAAAAGAAAGAGAGCAACUCGAACAGCUCAAGCAGAAGAUAGCAGAGGAUAACAUGGUCAAAGCCAACAUUGAUAAGAAAUUCUCCGCUCACUAUGAUGCUGUGGAGGCAGAGCUGAAGUCCAGCACAGUUGGUCUGGUGACCCUGAACGACAUGAAAGCCAAGCAGGAGGCGCUGGUAAAGGAAAGAGAGAAGCAGCUGGCCAAGAAGGAGCAGUCCAAAGAACUGCAGCUCAAGCUUGAAAAACAGAAAGAGAAGAAGAGAAAGGAGGAACAGAAAAGAAAAAUCGCCAGUUUAUCUUUUAAUCCUGAUGAUGAGGAGGAAGAGGAAGAAGAUGAUGAUACUGAUGAGGACAAGAAUGAAGAGGAAGAACUUGAUUGUGGUCCAGUUAAGAAGAAGAAACUAGGAAAGAACCCAGAUGUGGACACAAGUUUUCUUCCAGAUCGAGACAGAGAGGAACAGGAGAAUCUCCUCAGAGAGGCGCUCCGACAGGAGUGGGAGCUGAAACAGGAGAAGAUUAAGAAUGAGGAGAUAGAAAUUACCUUCAGUUACUGGGACGGUUCUGGACAUCGGAAAACCGUGAAGAUGAAGAAGGGAAACACCAUCCAGAACUUCCUGCAGAAGGCCCUGGAGGUCCUUAGGAAGGAUUUCAGCGAGCUCAGGUCCUUUGUUCAGCUUCGACGUCCACGACGACAUCCGACUGGUGAACGACGCCACCGUGGAGAAAGAUGAGUCUCAUGCAGGUAAAGUGGUGCUGAGGAGCUGGUACGAGAAGAACAAACACAUUUUUCCUGCGAGUCGCUGGGAGCCGUACGACCCCGAGAAGAAAUGGGACAAAUAUACGAUUCGAUGAUCGUCAGAAUCGAGCUCUGGAGUCCUCAUGGAAAUCUUUUGUUCUUUCCCUCUCAUUCAUAGUUUCAUAAUCUGAGCUGUUUUUCUUUUGUAAUUUAGUACUCUGCUGUAAAUAACCACAAAUUAUUGUGUCAGUAAAUACGACAGAGUAUAAGGGCCACACAACAAGUUUUUUUAUUUUUUUAAUUACGAGAAAAAAGUCGUAACAUUAUGAGAAAAAAGUUGUAACA